AUGUCUGCGUGGAGCAGCUGCGUGUGUGUGUGGAGCUGCUGCAGCUUCAGUCGGAUGAGCUCCGUUUCUUCUUUCUCCCACUUUGAGUGUCAGAAAGCUGCCGUGGGUUUGUUUUGCGUGAACCGCUCGUCCGCCCGUCGAUCAGCGCGUCUGCGUCAUCAUGGGCUACAGCAGGGUGCUGUGGGUGCUGCUGGGUGCUGCUGUCGUCAUCACACUGAUCACCCUCCCGGCGGUUUACUUGAACAGAGAAGAUACCAAAAAGCCGUUUACCCUUGCAGAUUAUUUCAAUACCAGUAUUAGGUGGAAAUCCUACAAUCUCCUAUGGAUAUCAGACAAAGAGUAUCUGCAUAAAACAAGAGAAGGGAACAUCUUCUCCUACAAUGCUGAAACCAAAGAGGAAACACUUUAUUUGAGCAAUUCAACCUUUGAGCAGGUGGGUGCCAUAGAUUACAUGCUUUCUGGUGAUUAUAAAUAUGUCGCUUUUGAAAGCAACUACACAAAGCAGUGGAGACAUUCAUACACAGCAUCUUAUUCCAUCUAUGACAGAGAAAAUUCAACUUUUGUUACAUCAGUGAAUCUUCCAGAUAGUCUCCAGUACUUUUUCUGGGCACCAACAGGAAACAAAUUUGUUUAUGUUUCAAAGUUCAACAUUUUUUUGAAAUCCAGCGUCACUGCUGAAGCCAUACAACUUACGUACAAUGGCAAAAAGAAUGAGAUCCUUAACGGCGUCUGUGACUGGGUGUAUGAAGAGGAGGUGUUUGCAUCAGGCGGGGCAAUGUGGUGGUCAUCAACGGGAAAAUUCUUGGCUUACGCAGAGUUCAAUGAUACACAAGUUCCUAAAGUGGAAUUCUCCUGGUACGGCUCAGAGCAGUACCCUGAAACUGUGGUUCUUCCAUACCCAAAGGCCGGAACAACCAUUCCCACGGUGAAACUGUAUGUAGUCGAUACCACCGAUAUCUCUCGCCGCUCACGGGUGGUGGUGCCCUCUUCUGUUGCCUCUGGCGAUCACAUUUUGUGCUCAGUGACCUGGGUUACAGAUGAACGCGUGGCUGUGCAGUGGGUCACAAGAAAGCAGAACUACGUGAUUGUGCAAAUCUAUGAUCUUGACGGAAACAGCUGGAAAGAAACACAGAAAUUUGAACAAACAAGCAAAACAGGCUGGGUCGGCCAUUAUGCUCCCUUACCACUUUUCUUUGCUGAAGAUAACCUCAGCUUCUACAAAGUGAUGAGUGACACUCACAGCUACAAACACAUUCAUUAUGUGAAAUCUGGCAAGGCAAUGCCGAUUACAUCUGGAAAGUGGGAAGUUAUCUACAUAUCAAAAUUAACAAAUGAUUCAAUAUAUUAUGUCAGUAAUGAAUACCAAGGAACACCGGGAAAAGCAAAUGUUUACAAGAUCAUGAUUGGAGACAGCCAUUCGGCCCCUCUGUGUCUCACCUGUGACCGGUACAAGGACAGGUGUCAAUACAACUCUGCUUACUUCAGUGUGAACGCCUCUUACUAUCGAAUGGACUGCUACGGUCCUGGAUUGCCCCUCUACGCUGUCAUUGACAACAGGGAUUCAGCAGCAGAACCUGUUAUUCUUGAAGACAACAAAGAACUGGAAAGUAUUCUGUCAGAAUUCCAAAUGCCAACAAUACAUCAUGGCACUUUACGGGUUGCCAGCUUUGAUCUCUGGUACCAAAUGAUGUUGCCACCUAAUUUCAAAAAAUCUAAAAAGUAUCCUCUUCUUAUUGAUGUGUACGGUGGUCCUUGUAGUCAGAGGGUCAACUAUCGCUUCAAGCUGAACUGGGGCACCUACCUCUCCAGUUCCCAUGGGAUCAUUGUUGCCAGUUUUGACGGAAGGGGAAGUGGUUACCAAGGUGAUGACAUAAUGCAUGCAAUCUACAAACGCCUUGGCACGUUUGAAGUGGAAGAUCAGUUAACAGCUGUGAGGAAAUUCAUUGACAUGGGAUUUAUAGACCAAAACAGAAUAGCUAUUUGGGGAUGGUCAUACGGUGGUUAUGUCAGCUCACUGGCCUUGGGUGCAGGCACUGGACUCCUCAAGUGUGGGAUAGCAGUCGCUCCUGUAGCCAAAUGGGAUUAUUAUGAUGCGGUGUACACUGAACGCUACAUGGACACACCUACUGCAAAUUCAGAUGGUUACAAAAAUUCCUCGGUGAUGGCCAGAGCAAAGAACUUCAAAUCAGUAGACUAUCUACUGGUUCACGGCACAGCUGAUGACAAUGUUCAUUUCCAGCAAGCAGCACAAAUCUCCAAAGCUCUGGUGGAUGAACAGGUGGAGUUUGAGACGAUGUGGUACGCUGACAAGGAUCAUCAUCUCAGAGGAUCAUCUUCCCAUCAUAUAUACACCCUCAUGAGCCACUUCCUGCAGAAAUGCCUUGUUAAUUCCAAAUAAAUGUGAAUGUAUUGAGUGUAUUACUAUUUUACAUGAAUAUAACGGAUAAUCGUUUGCAAGAGUGUGUCUGGACAUAGAGUGUUGGAUUGUGUAUACAAAUGAAUUCUUGUAUUUUUAAGCACAUGAAAAAAGCAAUUGCAUGCAUAUGUGUUUACAAUGUGCUUAUGUGAGUAUGAAUUAUAUGAUGUUCAAAAAAAUGCACUGCACUGAGUUGUUGUGGAGUGUUGCAAUUCAUGUUUCAACCAUGUUGUAAUGAAUGUACCAAUAAACAAUGUUUAAGAGAUUUA